AUGGUCUCGGUGAUAAAGGAGAAGAAUGCUUUCUUGGCCUUUGCCACUGCUCUGCUGUGGGAUUCACUCUGUGGGCCUGAAAAACCUGCCAUUGCUCCACCAGUCUUUGUAUUUCAGAAGGAUAAAGCACAGAAGUCCCCUGCAGAGCAAAAAGGUUUGUCGGAUUCAGGCGAGGACUCCCAGGGAGAGGUUGAGCCCCCCCACCAUGGUCUGGGUCACAAAGAAUCAGCUGGCGAGCGCGACUCUGAGCACCCUGCUCCCGCUGUUGCCUCAGUCAGUGCUACCCUGAGUCCCGCUUCUGAAGCCCAGCUUGCUCCUAUUCAACAAGAACUGGCAGGGAGAUCAGCAGAUGGAUCAAGUCCAGAAGAUGGAGAUGAAUCCGAUCGAGAGGAUGGGAGCUACUGUCCACCUGUAAAGCGUGAGAGAACUUCAUCCUUAACUCAGUUCCCUCCUUCUCAGUCAGUAACAAAGAACAACGUCUUUAUGCCAUCAAGCUUCUGUGAACCCUCUACAGGCAAUUCUGACUCAGAACCAGAGGAAAAGAGCAGUGGAUUCCGGCUGAAGCCACCAAUACUUAUCCAUGGUCAGGCACCUAGUGCAGGUCUCCCUAGCCAGAAACCGAAGGAACAGCAGCGAAGUGUGCUACGUCCAGCAGUAUUACAGGCACCACAGCCCAAAGCUUUCUCGCAGAUGGUUCUCAGCAGUGGCACCAAUGGUGUAAAUAUCCCACCAGAUUCUGCAGCCACAUCAGAAUCACUAAGUAAUGCAACGCUGAAAAGUUCCGACUCUGAAGAGAAGGCAGGAGAAUGUCAGAAAAAAGAGUCCAACAAUACUUCAGAUGAUGACAACUGUGAGAAGGUGGAACUAAAUGCACAGCAAGCAUUUGUAUUUGGGCAAAACUUAAGGGACAGAGUUAAGCUAGGAGAUGAAGGCGAUGAAACUGCCGAUGUGCAGAAUGCUGGCCUUCCUACAUCAGACGUACCUUCUGCAACAAAUUAUUUUCUACAGUACAUCAGCUCCAGUGUAGAGAACUCUACAAACAGUGCAGAUGCAUCUAGCAACAAGUUUGUGUUUGGACAGAACAUGAGUGAGCGAGUCCUAAGUCCACCAAAAUCAAAUGAAGGCAGUACAGAGAGUAAUAAGGAGAACGCUGCUACAGAGUCUGGGUCUGAAUCAUCUUCUCAGGAAGCCACACCAGAGAAAGCUAAUAAUAUUUCAGAAUCACUGGCAGAGUCUGCAGCAGCCUAUACUAAAGCAACAGCAAGGAAGUGUUUAUUAGCGAAGGUAGAAGUGAUUACUGGGGAGGAGGCUGAAAGCAACGUGUUACAGAUUCAGUGCAAGCUGUUUGUAUUUGAUAAAAACUCUCAGUCUUGGGUGGAAAGAGGUCGAGGACUUCUGAGACUCAAUGAUAUGGCCUCAACAGAUGAUGGAACAUUACAGUCUCGGCUGGUGAUGAGGACUCAGGGGAGUCUCAGGUUAAUCUUAAAUACCAAGCUCUGGGCUCAGAUGCAGAUUGAUAAAGCCAGUGAGAAGAGUAUCCGGAUCACCGCCAUGGAUACAGAGGACCAGGGAGUUAAAGUUUUUCUUAUAUCAGCAAGCUCUAAAGAUACAGGGCAGUUGUAUGCUGCAUUACACCAUCGGAUCUUGGCCUUGCGGAGUAGAGUGGAACAAGAGCAAGAAGUCAAGAAUGUAGCGCCAGAGCCAGAGGUAACGCAAUCAAAUGAGGAAGACAGUGAUGAUGAUGUCAUUGCGCCUUCAGGAUCAGUUGGAAGCGGUCCUAAUGAUGAAGGUGACGGGCAGAACGUUGGCAGCACAUAGCAGAUGUGAGCCGGUCUGCUUGCAAGGCUGCUAUGAACACCAUCUUGCAGGCAUCUCUGGAUACCCCAGGCCAGCUAUUAUUUCAGGCAGUGUUGAAGGCUCCAGGACUUAAGAACUGUGCAUCCCUGUUCUGUUUGUUUGGUUUUUUGGUCUGGAUCAGUAGAUUCCACACAAAAAAAGCAGACUUGGAAACUACCUGAAUGUGGUUUGGGACGUGAAAGCUCAUCAUAUUGAUGAG